CUCACGCUGAGCUCUGAGCAGAGGGCUGCCCCCUGUGCGACUGAUCCUGAGGGCGUGUUCACUCCGUUUGUUCAGCACACAAACAGAAACACUCAGGAAAAAAAGUUUUCCCCGCACUUCUUCCAUGGAACAGGUGGAAGCUGUCAGAUAAGGUAUGGCGGGGGAGCAGAAUGACUCAUCUCUUGACCUGAGCCACCUGACGGAGGAGGAGCAGUCCUCCAUCCUGCAGGUGCUACAACGCGAUUUGGAGUUGCGUAAUCUCGAUAAAGGUCGUAUAAGGCACCUUGAGCAGACAGAAACGAAUGUGUCACGCCUUCGGCUCCUUAGUGGAGAAUGGUUCAGUGAAGAGUACAGUAAACGGCAUCACAGGUGGACUUCAGGCUGUGACCUUAUUCGGGCCUCCAUUCGCCACAGAAAAACAAAGAGCAGAGAUGUGAACCUGAAUGAACUGUUCCCCGGGAAGGAGGAAACUCCCACCAACAGCAUCCCCCCUGGGGCGAACGAAAGACUGCAGGAGAAAACAGAAGAGAAAAACCGAGGGAGUGAGGAAGGUUUGAAACACGACUUUACACCAAGACCCGGAAGGCCAGUAGAGCAUUUGCAGGUUUUGAACAGCACAAACAGCUCCUGUCCAUCAAAAGAGUGGGAAAUGAGAAGUAAUGGCCACUUGGAAGAACCUGAGGAAGAUUUUAUUGUUGGUCUCAACGGGGACUCUGACUCCUUGAAUGGCAGCCUGACAGAGCCAGAUCCAUCUUUUCUGAAAAACUGCAGUUCCAACAACAGCCUUCAUUCCAGCUACACGCUCAGUGGAAGCAUGAUGAGUCUGUUUAGCUCGGGGGAUUUCGGAGCGGUGGAGGUGAGGGGCCGCAUUCAGUACUCGCUGGUUUACGACAAUCGUAAGGAGGAGCUGCAGGUGAGGGUGUAUCGCUGCGAGGACAUCGCUUCAGCACGCAAGAACCGCUCCGACCCAUACGUAAAGAGCUAUCUUUUGCCAGACAAGUCAAAUCACAGCAAGAAGAAGACGUCAGUCAAGAAGAAAACACUGAAUCCAGUCUAUGAUCAGACACUCAGGUAUAAACUAUGUAAUAGAGAGCUGAGUAGUCGGACUUUGAACCUCUCGGUGUGGCAUGCCGAACCUCUGGGAAGGAAUAUCUUCCUGGGGGAGGUGGAGGUGGCCCUGGGGCUCUGGGACUGGACCUCCACACAGCCCCUUUGGCAAGAUCUGCAGCCACGGGUUCAUCUGAGUCCAGAGUAUAUCAGCAUUAGAGGGAACAUCAUGCUGUCCAUCAAAUUUGUUCCUGAGGGAUUUGAAGGUGGUGGCCUGCCUUCAACAGGAGAAGUUCACAUCUGGCUCCAGGAGGCUCAAGGUCUACUCUCUAAGAAAGGAGGUGCUUUAGACUCUUUUGUUAAAAGCUACAUUCUCCCAGAUGUCAGUCGACAGAGCGGUCAAAAAACCCGUGUUGUGAAGCACUCAGUCAGUCCGACGUACAACCACACCAUGGUCUACGACGGCUUUCAAACCAGCGACCUGAGGGAGGCCUGUGCCGAGCUCACAGUUUGUCAAAGAGAUGGACUGAAGUCGAACAUCCUGGGGGGGAUUCGUCUGAGCUGUGGAACAGGUCAGAGCUACGGGGAGGCUGUUAACUGGAUGGACUCCACGGAAGAUGAAGUCGCUGUUUGGACCUCCAUGAUUGAAAACCCAAACCGCUGGAUCAACACAACCCUACCGAUCAGAACUAACCUGACCCAGCGGUCUGCAUGACCAGAACAUCCUGCUCUUUAACACUCAUUCACAUUCAUGUUCAAACAGCGGUUGGACUGUAACAUUUCUGUAUUUAUGAUAUAGAUACACACACAUUCACACUUAAAAAUUAAGUCAGCAGUAAUAUUCUUUGAGUGCAGGAAUAACUUAGUUGUUUCUGUAGAUACGUCUGCAUAUCAAAAUGUAUUUCAGUGUUUAAAUCUGGUAAAGAAUGCAUUUAUAAUCAAUUGUAGUUUAUUGAUUAAUACAAUAUAUAAACUAUAAAUAAAGAAUUGUUUUUUUUCAUGUGUAUUGUAACUUCAUGUAUAAGAAUAAGGCAUUUUUAGGGGAUAACAGCAGGCACACAUUAAUAUUUUAUCCCGCUUGCAUUGAUGUCUUAUGUUACUGUCAAUCAUCUUUGGGUCUAUGGGUAAAGAAAAUUGUUUUAUUUUCUCUUAUUAAUAUUCAUUUAUGCUUUGGGAGAAUCUUAGAUGUUUUGUUUUUUUUAUAAUUUUUUCAUCAUCUUGUUGGCAACUUGUGUUUGACCAUUUUAAAAGCACUACAACCCAA